UCGGACCCUCUCCCCGAACCCAGGGUAACUCUUAAAGUGGAGGGGACCCCUGUUGACUUCCUUGUCGACACCGGAGCACAACAUUCGGUCCUCCGCACCCCACAAGGAAAGCUAGCCAGGAAGAAGUCCUGGGUACAAGGGGCAACUGGUAUGAGCCAGUAUUCAUGGACUACCCGAAGAACAGUAGAUUUGGGAACCGGCCGGGUAUCCCACUCCUUUAUGGUAAUACCAGAAUGCCCCUACCCGCUGUUAGGACGGGACUUACUGACCAAGAUUGGAGCUCAGAUAACUUUCAGACAAGGGGGGCCUCAGGUCACCGAUGGCAAGGGCCACCCCAUCCAGGUCCUGACCAUGAAACUGGAGGAUGAAUACCUCCACCACCAGGAGGCGCUCCUGAGAGAGAAUAAUAUAGACAGAUGGCUACAAGAAUUCCCCUCGGUUUGGGCAGAGAUGGGGGGGGGGAUGGGACUAGCCGCUCACAGAACCCCAGUCCUGGUAGAGCUCAAGCCAGGAGAGAGUCCGGUAAGGAUCAAACAAUACCCCAUGUCUCAGGAGGCCCGGAAGGGGAUCCAGCCACACAUCCGGAGACUACGAAGCCUAGGGGUACUAGUUCCUUGCCAGUCUGCCUGGAACACCCCCCUACUGCCGGUCAAAAAGCCUCACACAAAUGACUACCGACCGGUACAAGACCUCCGGGAAGUAAAUAAGAGGGUCGCGGACAUAUACCCAACUGUUCACCCAUAUACUCUCUUGAGCUCCUUGGCGCCCUCCAGGGUCUGGUAUACUGUACUAGAUUUAAAGGAUGCCUUCUUCAGUCUGCCGCUGGCACCCCAGAGCCAACCCUUGUUCGCCUUCGAGUGGCAUGAUCCGGAGGAGGGCUACAGUGGGCAACUCACCUGGACACGGCUACCUCAGGGAUUCAAAAAUUCACCCACCAUCUUCGACGAGGCACUACAUGAGGACCUGGGUGAGUAGAGAAGGGAGCACCCUGGCCUCACCCUUCUACAGUACGUAGAUGACAUCCUGAUUGCUGCCGACACGGCCAAAGACUGUGAGCGAGGGACCCAGGACCUGCUGGCUACCGUGGGGGCCUUAGGGUACCGGGCAUCCUCGAAGAAGGCUCAGAUAUGCAGGGAGAGGGUAAGUUACCUGGGAUAUAUCCUGGAGGGCGGACAGUGGCGGUUAUCAGAUGCCAGAAAAGAAACUGUCCUAAAGAUCCCUACUCCCACCUCCCGAAGAGAAGUGAGGGAAUUCCUAGGAUCAGCCGGCUACUGCCGCCUCUGGGUUCCAGGUUUUGCUGAGAUCACCAGGCCCCCAUAUGAAGCUACCAAAGAGGGGAAAACAUUUAAAUGGGCUGAAAAAGAAGAAACUGCCUUUAAUCAGUUAAAAAAGGCCCUCCUAAGUGCCCCAGCCCUGGGCCUACCAGACAUUGCGAAGCCCUUCCACCUCUUUGUAGACGAACAUAAGGGAAUAGCAAAAGGGGUCCUAACUCAAGCCUUAGGCCCCUGGAACCGCCCAGUGGCUUACCUGUCUAAGAAACUAGACCCAGUGGCUGCUGGCUGGCCGCCAUGCCUAAGAAUUAUUGCAGCGACAGCACUCCUAGUCAAGGAUGCAGACAAACUGACCCUGGGACAGGAGAUCUGGAUCAUGACCCCACACGCCAUUGAAGGGGUCCUGAAACAGCCUCCGGAUAGAUGGAUGAGCAAUACACCUAUGACUCAUUACCAGAACCUCCUACUCAACCCUCCACGAGUGCGGUUCCACCCCAGUGCAGCCCUCAAUCCUACAACCCUGCUGCCCAACCCUGACCUAGGUGCUUCACUACAUGACUGUGCAGGAAUCCUGGAACAAGUACAUGGAUUCCGGACGGACCUGACCGACCGGCCCCUCCCCGAUGCCGAGGCUACCUGGUUCACUGAUGGCAGCAGCUUUGUGUGAGACGGACACAGGUAUGCGGGUGCAGUGGUGGUCACUGAAACAGACACCGUAUGGGCGGAGGCUCUACCCUCCGGAACGUCAGCCCAGCGAGCAGAGCUCAUAGCCCUCACCAAGGUGCUGAUGCUGGGAGCUGGAAAACGGCUUAACAUCUAUACAGACAGCCGUUAUGCAUUUGCCACAGCUCAUAUUCAUGGGGCAAUUUAUCAGGAGAGGGGGUUACUGACGGCAGAAGGACGGACUAUAAAAAAUAAGCAGGAGAUACUUAACCUGCCUACGGCCUUAUGGCUUCCUGCCAAGCUAGCCAUCAUCCACUGCCAAGGGCACCAAAAAGCUGAUAACCCAGUAGCUAGAGGUAAUCUAAAGGCUGACCAGACAGCCAAGGCAGUAGCCCUUACUCCAGUCCCCACCAUGACCAUACAACUACCAGACCCAGGAGACCCAAUAAAGGGAUGGUGGUAUACACCUAACAAGGAGCUCGUGCUGCCAGACCAGCUCGGAGUCUCUAUAUUAGAGCACAUGCAUCGGUCUACUCACAUGGGGGCCCGAAAAUUAAAAGACUUAAUCCAACAUGCCGGAAUCAAGAUUCACCAACAGGACACCAAAAUAGAGCAAGUUGUAUCUGCCUGCAAGACCUGCCAACUCACCAACGUGAGAGCCACAUCAAAUAAAAAAGGAACCAGGCUCAGAGGCACCAGACCGGGAGCCCAAUGGGAAGUCGACUUCACUGAAGUCAAACCAGGAAAGUAUGGUUCUAAAUAUCUUUUAGUAUUAGACACCUUCUCUGGCUGGGUGGAGGCAUACCCAACCAAGCAUGAAACGGCUCAGACGGUGGCUAAGAAGCUACUAGAAGACAUCUUACCCAGGUAUGGUUUUCCUGCCAUGGUAGGAUCAGACAACGGACCAGCUUUUAUCUCGCAGGUAACACAGGCAGUAGCCAAGGCGGUGGGGGCAAAUUGCAAAUUACAUUGUGCUUAUACGCCCCACUCAGGACAGGUAGAAAGAAGGAAUAGAACCCUAAAAGAGACCCUUACCAAAUUAACCAUGGAGACUGGUGGGGACUGGGUGACUCUCCUACCAUACGCCCUUUACCGGGUUAGAAACACUCCUUACACUCUGGGUUUUACUCCCUACGAGAUCAUAUUUGGUAGGCCACCCCCUGUUAUUCCCAGCCUUCGAGCUGAACUUAUUGCUGAGUUUAAAGAUCAAGAACUUUUUCUUUCCUUGAGAGGGCUCCAGAGGGCGCACGAGGACAUUUGGCCGCGCCUCCGUGCCAUCUACGAGGCUGGCCCGACCCCGACACCUCAUCACUACAGGCCGGGAGACUGGGUCUACGUCAAGAGGCACCACCGAGAGACCCUCAAGCCGUGCUGGAAGGGACCCUACAUCAUGGUGUUGACAACCCCCACCGCUCUCAAAGUAGACGACAUCGCGACCUGGGUCCAUCACACCCAUGUUCGGCCAGCAGACCCCUCCUCGAUCCGGAAGGACUUCUUCACGCGAUGGGCCAUCAGUCGGGACCAACACAACCCGCUCAAGCUCAAGCUACAGCGCAUUUGACCCACCUAAUAUUGGUAACUCUGUUAACUCUGCUUGUCAUUGCUCAUGCUGCCGGGAGUCCCCACGCCCCCCAAAACA